AUGGUGUAUUACUUCACAUCACUCUGCGGCGAGUUCAUGAUUUACAUGGGAAAGGACAAAUAUGAAAACGACGAGCUGAUCAAAUACGGGCUCCCCGAAGAUGUUUGGUUUCACGUCGACAAUCUAUCAUCCGCACACGUCUACCUGCGUAUGAAACCAGGAAUGUCAAUGGAUGAUAUAUCAGACGAUCUCAUAGAGCAAUGCUCUUCUCUAUGCAAGGCCAAUAGUAUUGCAGGAUGCAAGAAACCUUCCGUUCAUAUUGUGUACACGAGAUGGAAGAAUCUGAAAAAGACAGCCGGUAUGGUCGAGGGCCAAGUCACGUAUCAUCGUCCCGAGAAUGUACGUCGAGUCAAGAUAGAAAAGAAUGUUCCCAUUGUCAAGCAGUUGGAACGAACGCGGAAGGAACUGUUUCCUGAUUUGGAAAAGGAACAAGAACGGAGGGAAAAGGAAAUUCAACGACAAAAAAAGAACGAAUACAAGAAAUUGGCCUCGGAAAAGAAAAAGCAACAGGCGGAGGCCCAACGAGACAAGGAAUUGCGAUCUUAUGAUCGAUUGUAUGACGAAGCUUACAUGACUAGAGCAUCGGACCAACACGCUACAGUAGAUGCCACUGCCGCGGAAGAAUUCGAAGACGAUUUCAUGUAG